UCAAAAAAAUAUACUCAUCGUCAUAACAGGAUAUAAGAAACACGAUUAUGUUAGAUGAAAUUAAAUGAUAUUCAAGAUUAUUUAAUGAAAGAAAUACUUAUAAUGAUAAGCAGAUACAUAUCUCAAACAUACAUGAUAAGAAUUCAGUUGAAUUUAGACUUAUAUACAUACAUAUUAUAGCUUAGAUAUAUAUAAUAUUUAUAAAAAUAAUUAUCAAAAUCUCUAUAUAGUAUAAAAAAUUCAUUGAAUUGUCGUAAAACAAGUAUUAUGAAAACAAUUUUUCAAUUUAUAGUCAUUCUACUUUUGAUUAACAGUACUUUGUCCCUAACCUUAGAUGGUUCAUGGAUAGGUAAAAUUACGACUAAUAAACAUGGACAUGAAAUCAUAUUUCCUGCAACUGUACCAGGAGGAAUUUAUACAGAUUUGAGCAAGGCACAUAUUAUACCAAAUAAUUUUAAUGAAAAUAAUGAUGUAACUAAUCGAUGGGUUGGUAAUCAAUCAGUUACUUACACUAGAGGUUUUUAUGUAAACAAUAGCUUAUUAAAUGCACCUAAAGUAGUAUUAAUUUUCCAUGGUGUAGAUACAUUUGCUACAAUCUUUUUAAAUGCACAAAAAGUUGGAGAAACGUCAAAUAUGUUUGUAAGAUAUACAUUUGAUGUAACAAAAUACUUAGAAAAAGGAGAAAAUUUAUUGGAAGUUUCUUUUUCUUCCCCUGUUAAAGUAGCUGAGGCCUUACACAAUAAACAAGUACUGAAGUAUGUUAUUCCUCCAAUAUGCAAUCCAGAUAGUUACAAUGGAGAAUGUCAUGUAAAUUAUAUAAGAAAAAUGCAAGCAAGUUUUUCUUGGGAUUGGGGUCCAGCUUUUCCAUCAAUGGGUAUUUGGAAAAGUGUAGAAAUAAUUCCCAUAAAUGAAAUUUAUAUUAUGGAUGUUACAACAGAUAUUCAUAAAGAAGGAAAAUUUUGGAAUGUUAUAAUCACAUUAUUUUUUGAAACUACCUCACAAAGUAACACAACUUGUCAUAUCUCAUCUAUUCUUAAUAUUGAUGAACAAUCAAAUAUUCAUAAUACCAGCAAUGUUAAUUUACAAACAGACACAAAAAGUACUAUACUUCUUAAAGUACCUACAAACCUUGUACAUGAAUGGUGGCCGAAUGGUUAUGGCAAACAAAUUCUUUACUCAUUAACUGUAACUGCAGUUACUUCUACUAAUGUUAAGCAGAAAACUAUACGCAUUGGUUUUAGAACAGUAGAACUUGUACAAAAGACUCUGAAACAAGGAUUAAGCUUUUAUUUUCAGAUAAAUAAUAUUCCAAUAUUUGCGAAGGGUAGUAAUUUCAUUCCAGCUAGUAUUUUUCCUGAGUUAACUACUAAGACAGAUACAAUUAAACACUUAUUAACAUCUGCCAAGGAAGCAAACAUGAAUAUGCUUAGAGUAUGGGGUGGUGGACUUUAUGAAUCUGAAUUAUUUUAUAAUAUAGCUGAUGAAUAUGGAAUCAUGAUUUGGCAAGAUUUCAUGUUUGCAUGUGGAAUGUAUCCUACUACAAAAGACUUUAUUGAAUCAGUUAAGAAGGAAGUAAUACAAAAUGUACAAAGAUUAAAAAAUCAUCCUAGUAUUGUUCUCUGGGCUGGAAAUAAUGAAAAUGAAGCAGCUCUAUAUGGAAAUUGGUAUGGAACUGGAACUAAACAAAUAUAUAAAACUGAUUAUAUCAAACUUUAUGUAGACUUAAUUAAAAAAGAAGUAGAACAACUUGAUUCUACACGACCUUUUGUAAUAUCUAGUCCUAGUAAUGGAUUGUAUACAGAGAAAUAUAAUUAUAUUGGAAAAGAUCCAUAUUCGAAGUUAUUUGGAGAUGUUCAUUAUUACAACUAUUUUAAUAAUGGAUGGGAUAUGAACCAAUAUCCUCGUGCAAGGUUUUCAUCUGAAUAUGGGUUUCAAUCGCUACCGUCAAUUUAUACUAUGUUGCCGGUUACAAGAAAUAUUACUGAUUUAGAUAUAGACAGCAACUUCUUUAAACAUCGUCAACAUUUACCAUUAGGAACAGUAUAUUUGAAGAAUCUUAUUUCAAAAAAUUUAAAAUUACCUGACACUCAAGAUAGUCUAAGAAGAUUUGAAAAUUAUAUAUAUUUAAGCCAAAUUAAUCAGGCUGUUUCGGUAAAAAUACAAACAGAAUUUUAUCGGCAAUCUAAGUCGGAUUUAAACGAAAUAGGAGAGGGAAUGACAAUGGGUGCUUUAUAUUGGCAAUUAAAUGAUGUUUGGCAAGCUCCAUCUUGGUCUUCCAUAGAUUUUGAUGGACGAUGGAAAAUGCUUCAUUACUAUGCUAUGGAAUUUUUUGCACCUAUUAUAGUUACAUACUAUAUCAAUAAUAUGCAACUUUUAAUCUAUAUUGUCUCUGAUAUGACAUAUUCAAUAAAAAAUGCUACUUUAGAAGUGAAUCUUUAUGCAUGGAAUAGCAUAAAACCUGUACAAUCAUAUGUUCAUCCUAAUAUAAUUAUUGAACCAAAUACAGUAACUAAAAUUCAUAAUAAUUUACUAGAAUAUUCAUGGAUUUUAAAUUCUACAACACUUAAUGAAUGUCAAUCUAACUUUAGUACUAAAAGUAAUUGUAUUACAACACUCACCUUGAGAGAUAAAACUGGAAUUCCAAUAGCACCAAAAAAUUACAUAUAUCCGAGCAAUGCUCUGAAGAACAUUGCAUUACCAAUUGCAAAUGUUUCUGUAAAAGUAAAUGAUAAUCAUUUACCUGGAAGAUAUUUUAAUUAUCCAGAUAUUGAACUUGAAUUAAUAACAAAUAAUAUAGCACUUUUUGUAUGGCUAGAAGUUGGUAAUGUUUGUGGUCGUUUCUCAGAAAAUGGUUUCCAUAUGUUUGAAAAUAAGAAAAAUGUUACUUUCCAUGCAUGUCAAUUUAUCACACCAAAAGUGCUAAGAAAAUCUUUGAAAGUUACUACACUUUCUGGUAUUUAUUAAAUUCGUCUAAUACUGGUAACUCUCUGAUUCUAUCUAAAUAAUGAUUGUUUACCUUUGUAAUAUUAAAUUUCAAGUCCUUCGUGGAAAAUAUGUCUCACGAUGUAAAUAAAUUUCGAAUCCAAUAAGAAUAACAAGAAUAAUUAGAAGUAUACUAAUUAUUAAAUACAUUAAAUUUGACAUUUUGCUUUGUUAACUUAUAAAUUUAUCUCUAAUUUUGGACAAUUUUUUAUUAGUUACUAUUGAAAAUUAUACAAUGGCUUUUUAUAACAAAAUAUAACAUAAAUAUUGAAGUUAGUACAUUAUCACAAUGAAACAUGAAAUCAAUGUACAUAAUAUGUAUAAUAAACAAUAUUAUUAAA